UGAGGAAACAACGCUCCAUUUACAAAAGACUUUCCUUGAAAACUUUCCUGCAUAAACAGUCAAAAGUCACUCUCCAAAAACUAAAAAGCAAAAUCCAGUUGCAGAUAUAAAUAGUACCCCUCCCAGUUCUAAGGCAAAGACCAAGCAGACUAAAAAAAUGGAUAGCUACCAGCACGUCUUUGUGAUGCGUCAUGGAGACAGACUCGACAACUUCGACCGACACUGGGCAGCAACAGCUGCCAGACCUUGGGAUACUCCUCUCUAUAAAGACGGCAUGGUUCGAGCGUUUCAAACCGGUCAGAGAAUCCGAUCUCAGACCGGGUUUCCUAUUCACCGCGUCUUCGUCUCACCUUUCUUCCGUUGUGUCCAGACAGCUUCCGAGGUGGUGGCAGCUCUCACCGCCCCCGGAGACCUCCCUUCCGUCGAUACAUCAAAGCUAAUCAAGGUUGCUAUUGAAUACGGCUUGUGUGAGAUGAUGAACUCGUUUGCUAUAUGGCCUGAGGUUUCUCCUAAAGAUGGAAUAUUUGACUUCAAUAUUUCGGAUCUUGAAGCUAUGUUUCCUGAGGGAAUGUUGGUUCAUAAUGUGGAUCCCAUUUAUAAAGAGAUGCCAAAAUGGAAGGAGACUGUGGAAGGUUGCAGAGAAAGAUAUGUUAAAGUUGUAAAGGCUCUUGCCGAUAAGUAUCCUACAGAGAACUUGCUCUUAGUCACCCACGGGGAAGGAUUGGAAACAACAUUCUCCACCUUUUGUAAAGAUACAACCAUCAACGAAGUAGACUACUGUGCUUAUGUUCAAUUGAGAAGACAGGUCUCAAGUAAAAAAGAUGGGGAUGUCGUUAAAACUGGGGAGGAGUAUGAGGUGGUUAGUCAAAGUGGAAUCAGGUUUAGUCGUGACGUAAGCCGAACAACGGAUAGUUACCAACACGUCUUUGUGAUGAAUCACGGAGACAGACUCGACAACUUAGACCCACAUUGGGCAGAAACAGCUGCAAGACCUUGGGAUCCUCCUCUCUUUCUAAACAGCAAAGUUCGAGCGUUUAAAACCGGUCAAAGGAUCCGAUCUCAGACCGGGUUUCCCAUUCACCGCGUCUUCGUUUCUCCUUUCCUCAGAUGUAUUCAGACAGCUUCCCAGGUCGUGGCAGCUCUCUGCCUCUCCGCCCCCAGAGACGUGACUUCCAUUGAUAAAUCAAAGCUAGUCAAGGUUGCUAUCGAAUACGGCUUGUGUGAGAUGAUGAACUCGGUGGCUAUAUGGCCUGAAGUGUCUCCUAAAGAUGGAAACUUCGACUUCAAUAUUUCGGAUCUUGAAGCUAUGUUUCCUGAAGGAAUGGUGGAUCAUAAUGUGGAUCCCAUUUACAAAGAGAUGCCAAAAUGGGAAGAGUCCGUGGAAGAUUGCAGAGAAAGAUAUGUUAAAGUUGUAAAGACUCUUGCCGAUAAGUAUCCUACAGAGAACUUGCUCUUAAUCACCCACGGGGAAGGAUUGGUAACAACAUUCUCGACCUUCUAUAAAGAUACAACCGUCCACGAAGUAGACUAUUGUGCUUAUGUUGAAUUGAAAAGAGAAGUCUUAAGUAAAGAUGAGGAUGUUAAAAUUGGGGAGUAUGAGGUUAGUCAAACUGGAAUCAGGUUUAGUCAUGAUCCUGUCAUAAGCAUAACACCGGUUUAGUCUCAGUUCCUCUGUUUUUGUACUUUUGAUCGUCUUUGAACUGCUUAUUGUAUGAACUAUUAAUCAUGGUUUCAAUGUUAUCAUUCAGUUAAAUAA